CAUGCCUUCUGACGUAUUAGUCGGCUGCGCGAGCUCGUGUCGUAAAUACGUAAAGCAUAAGUGUUUGAUCUUUUUUUUCUUCUUUUCUGUCAUCCAAUCUGUAUUUCGCUCGUAAUAUUCUUGUGCGUGAUUUCAUUUGUGAUUGUGCGAAACAUCAUUGCAAACGAAUAUUUAUCCAUAUACAUGUACUACAAGUGCACACCUUUUUCAGAGGGAGGUGGGCAGGCCUGCCCUAGUUACGGCAGUGGUAUUAUAGAAACGUGUACAUAUUUGUAAUUAUGUAUAUUAACUAGUUCACGAAUUAUUAUAUCAUAUUCAUCGUGUUUGCAACUGUUUCGAAACUUUCUGCCGAUACACGAACGUGUCGAGUAAUAUUUUACACAUUACAACGUAGCCGAGAUUAAUUAAUAUGAAAGUUUAGGAAACGCAUAAGUGAAGGACGAAGAUCAAAGACAGAAUUAAGUGUUUCGUACGAAGAUGUUCCAAUUAACAUUCGUUUCUUCAGACCGAUCCAGUGGUUUUAACGAGAAGAAGAUAACUAGUGACGAUUGACAUGUGAUGAGAAAUGUUAGCUGAAUAGUUUGAGAAAAUAGUAAUAUGCACUUGCAAACAUUGCAAAAAUGUUCAUUCAAGGAGCUUCCUGAAAAGAUCAAGUCAAAAACGAAGAUACAUCUUCUGGAGACUAUUGCCUCCUCAAUGAUGAAGAAAAAAGGCACUUCGUGAAAUUUGAGGAGGGUAGGUGAUAUCGGGUGUGAUAAGGAUGAACUUGCGAGCCUGGGUAAGACGGAGAUGACCACUAGAUCCGUGCCUCGUCCUGAAGACGACGACGAGGAGGACGAGGAAGAAGAGGAAGAAGAAGAAGAAGAAGAAGAAGAGGAGGAGGAGGAGGAGGAAGUCGACAAGGAGGCUCGUACGAGUCUACGAUAUCACUGCCACUGAUAUCCGCUCUCUCGUCGCAUCGAUGCCGAUUCCUAUGUCUAUCGAUAGAGGUAUGGGGAGUGUCGUAGGCAGUAACGUAAACGUAAGCAACGGAACGACAAGGAGGAUGGAAUCGACGACGUUCCUGCCGGAAGCGACGCCGACCCUCAGCGAACGAGAACAACUGAAAAUUGAAUUUUACAAAACUUACGAUGUUAUGACCGGAGUCAGAAUCGCAGCGACUCUCGGUGGUUUUUUCGGUCUUAUGAUUCUCCUGCUUGUUUAUAAAAGCAGGUGUAAAUCGAGCAAGCAGUUGGAAGAUCCAAGACUGACCGCAGCAGCAGCCGCAGCGGUAGCUGAAGCAGAAGCUGAGGAAAGAGCUCUCGCAGCCGCCCUCGAAGCCAUUACUAGAUUACCACCUCGACCAGACAGGGGUCCCAGAAGGUCUCUUUGUGUCGAGGUGAUUCAGUCUCAUUCUCCAAGAAUCGGACCGCGUUUCGCAUCAGUUGGAGGUGGCUACGAGGCUCUAUUAACAGCGCCAACGAAGCAACCAAAUUUGGCACCUCCAGACGAACAGAGAAGAUGUAGUUCCGUGACUUGUAGCAGUACUGGAAGUAGUUAUCUUGAAAGGAGAGGAUCUGCGAUGCCCGUACCAUGUCUGCCGCUUCAUCCCGCCUUCUCGACGAAACACCACUCUACCCAUGACGAACCCUGGGACCUUUAUUACCCAAUUGAUAUUCAAGUUAUCCAACCAACCCCUGAACUUUCUCCAUGUACAAGCGAAGCAGGUCUGUAUGCAAACGAAGUGAUGAUGGCAGGAACCACUGGUAAAAGAGCACCAUUGGCUUCCAUGGGCAGUGUUGAUCCACCUGAACCAGAUUCAAGCUUUGAACAUUCAAGAUCGCUAGGUUCCGACUCGGUCUUCCUGAGAACCGACGAUCAAGAAGAUUGUAUGGACACAGAAGACGAGGUGUCUGGGUUCUCUACCGAUUCUGAAACACCUGGUCCCAGUUGUCGAAGGUUCCUUCGAGUACCCUUGAAGAAGAAGAAAACAGUUGAGAAAUGGGAUGGUUGCGCUGGAUGUGUUCCUAGACGACGGCCUGGAGGGAAACCGUGUCAAACUUGUCAUAGCAUUAGUGCAGCUGUUGAAACUUCUGGAUCUCAGGCAGUUUCCACGAGCUCCAGCAGUCAAAGUAGCCUCGGUUCUCCACCGUGUUCACCGGCCAUCGAGCUCAGACACAGACCUCCACCAGCGCCAUUACCGUCGAGUCCACCUGUCUGGUCACAAGAAACAUUGUUUUAAUCCUUUGACGACUUCUCGGGUAAAGGAUGUCACGAAUAGCUGGUAAUCGCACAAAAGUAUCUCUUCUGAGGGAAAGGAACGAAGAUUGAAUUUUAUGAUGAAAGAAGAUACAACAAACAGAACAUUAAAGGAACAGAAUAUGUAGACAAGUACUCUGAUGAAAGGAAAAAAGAAAGAUAAUCGGUAUAAGAAGAAGAAGAAGAAGAAGAAGAAGAAGAAGAAGAAGAAGAAGAAGUGAACUUUGAAAUGGAGAUGCGAGAGAAUAAUUACAAAACUGUAAUUAGAUAUAAAAGCUAAUAGGAGAAAUAUAAAUUUAAUGAAGUAGGCGAAGAGAAAUUUAUGAGAAAUUAGGUCAAAUUUUUGUUUCGCUUAAAGGAGAAUAAACGCAAUAACAUCGAGCUGAAAAUAAUAGCAUCGUGUGCCGAGUUUCUGAAGGAGAAAGAAUGAUAAUUAACCAACGAGUGGAAUAAAAAAAGGAAAUGCCAAAACAUUUGUAUAGUAGCUUUUAAGCAACCAAAGAGAGAAACAGAAACUAACAGACUAACUAAUCGUUAAACGAAUUGUUGUAAAAAAAAUGAUAAUGAAAAUGGUAACGUACCAUAGAUAAUAUACUGUAAAUAAUAUGAUAAAAAGAAAGAACUCGAAUCCUUUUUUUCGUAUUCGAAAAAGAGUGAUAAACGCGCCACGUUUAUAUCGCGUUAGAGAAAUUAAAAAAAAAAAAUCAAAACUUUUAAAAAGAUGUUGAUCUAGCUGUGCGUGUAUAAAAAAAAUAACAAAAAACAAAGAAAUGAAAAAUAAUUCUCGUUAUUCGUUUUUUUUUUGGUUUCAAUAUUGCAUAUGUAUGUGUAUACAUAUAUGUACGUAUGAUACGCGCGAUUAAAGAUAAAAACUAGAUUAAUCAAGUUAUCAAUCAGGAAACUUGAAAGAACACAAAAACCUAUGAAAUUUCCUUAAUUUAUUAUUUUCUAAUUUAAACAAAUGAUUUUAGAUCAGAAUAAUUUUAAUAAAAGAGUACAUACAAAGUUAAUGACGUUUUAAAAAUAAAUCUUCCAUUUGAAUUUAAAAAUGAGAGGCUCCGAAUUUUAAUUUUCACAUCUAAUAGGAUAUUUUGCUUUAUUUUACAGAUUUUUAAAAUAUUCAAAAAUGUCCUAUACUCUUCAAUGUUUCUUUCUGAUUGUAUUAAUUCUAGUUAAUUCGUUGAUUAAUGACGCUUUGAUGACUGCCAACGGAAAAGCAGAAAUCCUCUAUGUAUGUGAAUUGUGGUACAUACAUGUGUGUUGUGCGCGUUUCGUGUGUGUAUAUGAGCGUACCUUUACGCACACGUGUAUAGAAAACUAGAAAAUCAAAGCCAUAUGUAUAUUAAUAGUGUUGUCAAUUUUUCCAAUAAUCGGGACACGUUUAUAAUCUUAUUUUGUGUAAAAUUUUUAAACUUUCUACUUGCUGGGUAUCUUAUAAAACUGAUAAAAUAUUUAUGCUAGUUAGAUAAUAUAUCUUUUUUUCUUUUUUAAUUAUUCUGUUAUUUUUAAUUUUUAAUACCGAUCGCUACUAGUCUCCACGUACCUAUCAAUGCUUAAUUUAAUUCUUGAAUCUUUUAAUUGAAACGAAAUUUUUAUAAAUGUGAACCCGAUUAAACGUUUAAUGAUCACGUUACAACGCGAAACUUCUGUCGGUGCCUUUCCGCCGGAUCUUCUUCCAUCAUCGUUUUAGAUAGUAUCAUCGCAUCAAAGAAAAUCAUCAACAAAUCAAAUACUAUGUCUGUAUAGCGACAGAAAGUGGAGAAAAUAAUGGAAACGCUAGGAAAUGUUAAGAAUGCUUUCCGUUUUAAUAUCUUCCUUUAUUAGCACAAGCAACGAAUCAAUUUAAUCAGUUUUGAAAUGUUUAUAGAAAUUUGGGAAAAUUUUUUUAAAGAAUAAUAUUGUGAAUGAAAUUGUGUUUAUUAAAAAUUAUUUAGUUUAUACAAAUUUAUUCGAAAAAUAAUUUAGAAUAGAAUAUAACGAAGAACACGCGGAAUUCCAUUAUUUUGUCUAAUUACUGUACAUAUAUUAUUGACAAUCAUAAUCAAAAGUUGUGAUUAUCUUUGUCACCGUAAUUAUAACGCAAAUGGAAAAAGGAAACGAUAAGACGAAUAAAGCUAUACCCGAAGCAAUAGAAAGAAAACCGUUAAAAUGAUAAGAAAAGAGAAAGGUGAUUAUGAUUAUAAUUAUGAUGAUGGUCAUGAUCGCGAAAAAGAAAAGAUAAGCUCCAUCAUUCUUUCGUAAUGUUUUGAACAGAUCUUUCCUGAUGUACGAACAAUAAAACUUUCACUAUUUCCUA